AUGGCGGCCGAGAACCUUUCCAUUCACCUCGCUGAGCGCCCGACGGGGGAGAUCAUCCCGGGGCAGACCUUCUCACAGCAGACCAGCCCAAUUCCGUCACCCGCCGACCUGCAGGAUGGGGAGAUCCUGGUCGAGGUUUUAUAUCUCUCUCUAGAUCCCUCCUUGCGCGCGCAGCUAAUAGACCGCCGAUCCUAUGUGCCGCCCGUGGCCAUUGGCGCAAGAAUGAGCGGAAUCACCGUCUCCCGCGUCCUCGUCACCAAGUCAAAGCUCGCCGCAGAGGGCGACUUCGUCGUCGCCCUCACAGGAUGGACCGAGUACGCGGUCCUCAAGGACGGCCAGUUCGAGCCCCAAGCCAACUACCCACCUGUGAAGAAGCCCCAGGACAUGCUCUCGGCGCUGGGGUUGACGGGCAUCACCGCCUGGAUCGGCCUGAACAACAUCGGAAAGCCGCAGGCCGGCGAGCUCGUGGUCGUGUCGGGGGCUGCCGGAGCCACGGGGAGCGUUGCUGGUCAGAUUGCCAAGAUCAGGGGCGCCACGGUUGUGGGAAUUGCAGGGACGGACGACAAGUGCCGCUGGCUGACGGAGGAGCUCGGGUUUGAUGCUGCAUUGAACUACAAGGCGGAGGAUUUCAAGGAGAAAUUCAUCGAGGCCACCAAGAACUACAUUGAUGUCUACUUUGACAAUGUUGGGGGGGAGAUCCUCGACCUGGCCCUCACCCGGGCCAAGGAGCGCGCUCGAUUCAUCGAAUGCGGCAUGAUCAGCCAAUACAACGGCGUGCCCAAGGGUAUCCAGAACUUGAGCCAGCUCAUGAAGAUGCGCAUCCGGAUGGAAGGAUUCAUUGUCUUCGACCACAAGGACCAGUUCCCGCAAGCUCGAACCGAACUUGCCCAGUGGCUGGCUGAGGGCAAGUUGAAGAAGGAGGAAACUAUCCUAAAGGGCGGGUUGAAAGCGGCCGAAGCUGGACUCCGGGAUCUGCUCAGGGGUGUUAAUACUGGAAAGCUUCUGGUUGAGGUCAGAGACCCCAAUGAGGCCCCAAGAAAGUUGUAG